AUGGACGGUGGAUUUGACCAUCGUACUGAAUCUCCUACAACUCUUCUUUGGCUGCGUUUACCAGGUUUAAAGAUCCACCUUUUUGAUCAAGAGCUUCUCUUCGCUUUAGGGAUGGUAUACGGUAAACCCAUCAAAAAUGACACGUCUACAAUGAAUCUAACUCGACCUUCAGAAGCCAGAAUUUUGAUAAAAAGGGAUAUUACUUUACCUUUUUCGGGAGAAAUAUGGAUUGGCACACAAUAUGAGGGAUUUUGGCAGCAAACAGAACUUGAACAAAUACCACUUUAUUGUACUCACUGUCGUAUAUUUGGACAUUCUCUUUCUCAAUGUUAUCAGUUGCAUCCAAAUUUAAAACCUUCACGUAAAAACGCUUCUAGAUCUGCCCCACCUCAUACCUGCCCCUCCUCCGCUCCUGAGUGCAUUCCACAAACUAUUGAAACGCCGGUUGACACGAUGCCACCUCUACCUCCCACUAUCAGAGACAAUACUCUCUUUGUUCUUCCGAUUGAUAUAUUGGCAGAUGUUUUACUAGGGCCCGAUAAUCAGGAUAGUAUUGAAGCUCCACAUCCCCAAGAUACUUCAGGUGUUGAAGAUACACACUUACCAUCUCUUCAGAAUCAGAAUGUUGUUACUACUAGUCAGGAGCUGGGGGCUCAUUCUCUCCUACAUGCCCAACAAUCUGUUGACCACACUGAUCAGAUGAGCAAGUCCUCGGAUGAGGAAUGGCAGGUUUACACAUCUAGAAAGAAAAAGAAGAAUGGAGGCACACACUAG